AUGUUCGAAAUAAGCCGAACACUCAACGCUGCCUUGCUGAGCAAUGAGCAUCUCAAGAUGAUGGCGAGGUGCGGGCAGCUCUCGGGACUAGCAGCCAGUGGCGCGGGCUCCGUCCCCGAGACGCGCUCGCCGCUAUUUCCCAGGGAUCUCCUGUCAUCGCCAGCCCAGAUGGGCUUCAGGUCACCCCUGGGGUCGACAGAGACACAGUGGCGUCAGACAGAGCUCCCACAGCUCCAGGGCUGGGCAGAGAAGGGAUUGCUGACACAGCCAAAGAUGAUUAUCAGUAACAUGGAAGCCCCGGUGACAAACGGCCCCAGUGGAGGAGGCACCACAGCCAAUGGGCCAACCACCAACAGUCGUGGCUGCCCCUCACCCAUGCAGACUGGUGCAGCCACCGACGACAGCAAGACCAACCUCAUUGUCAACUACUUGCCCCAGAAUAUGACCCAGGAGGAGUUCCGCAGCCUCUUCGGCAGCAUCGGAGAGAUCGAGUCCUGCAAGCUUGUCCGCGACAAGAUCACAGGACAGAGUCUGGGCUACGGCUUUGUCAACUACAUCGACCCAAAGGAUGCAGAGAAAGCCAUCAACACGUUAAAUGGACUUAGACUUCAGACCAAAACAAUCAAGGUGUCGUACGCAAGGCCCAGCUCAGCUUCCAUCCGUGAUGCUAACUUGUAUGUGAGUGGCCUGCCCAAGACAAUGACCCAGAAGGAGCUGGAGCAGCUCUUCUCCCAGUACGGCCGCAUCAUCACCUCCCGGAUCCUUGUCGACCAAGUCACUGGCCCCACAGGUGGCUCGCGGGGUGUGGGCUUCAUCCGCUUUGAUAAGAGGAUAGAGGCAGAAGAGGCCAUCAAGGGCUUGAAUGGACAGAAGCCGUCUGGUGCAGCUGAGCCCAUUACAGUCAAGUUCGCCAACAAUCCCAGCCAGAAGACAAGCCAAGCCCUUCUGUCACAGCUGUACCAGUCCCCCAACCGCCGGUACCCAGGCCCCCUCCACCACCAGGCCCAGAGGUUCAGGCUGGACAAUUUGCUUAAUAUGGCCUAUGGCGUAAAGAGGUUUUCUCCCAUCACCAUUGACAGCAUGACCAGCCUGGUUGGUAUGAACAUCCCCGGACACACGGGCACCGGUUGGUGCAUCUUCGUGUACAACCUGUCCCCCGACUCAGAUGAGAGCGUGCUCUGGCAGCUGUUCGGGCCAUUCGGUGCUGUCAACAACGUGAAGGUGAUCCGCGACUUCAACACCAACAAGUGCAAAGGCUUUGGCUUUGUCACCAUGACGAAUUACGACGAGGCGGCCAUGGCCAUCGCCAGUCUCAACGGCUACAGGUUGGGUGACCGCGUCUUGCAAGUCUCCUUCAAGACCAACAAGACACACAAGUCCUGA